GGAGCGCCGCGAGCUGGAGUGUGCCGCGCCGAGCGACCCAGCAGCCGGGCGCCAUGGGGGGGUGUUGAGGAGGAGGAAGAGGCGGCGGCGCAGCGGGCAGCCAGCCGGCGGGACCGCGGAGAAGGCAGGAGCUGCAGCAAGCGCCGGCCCGCCGGGUCGCGUCUCUCGCCUCCCCGCGCCGUCGCUGCUGCCCGAGCCCAUGAGCCUCAACGAGCACUCCAUGCAGGCGCUGUCCUGGCGGAAGCUCUACCUCAGCCGGGCCAAGCUGAAAGCCUCCAGCCGCACCUCGGCGCUGCUCUCCGGCUUCGCCAUGGUGGCUAUGGUGGAAGUCCAGUUGGACGCCGAGCACGACUACCCGCAAGGGCUCCUGAUCGCGUUCAGCGCCUGCACGACGGUGCUGGUGGCCGUCCACCUCUUCGCCCUCAUGAUCAGCACCUGCAUCCUGCCCAACAUUGAGGCCGUCAGCAACGUGCACAACCUGAACUCGGUCAAGGAGUCGCCCCACGAGCGCAUGCACCGGCACAUCGAGCUGGCCUGGGCCUUCUCCACGGUCAUCGGGACUCUGCUCUUCUUGGCCGAGGUGGUCCUCCUCUGCUGGGUCAAGUUCCUCCCGCUGAAGAAGAAGUCCACCGGUGAGGUCUCCGCGGCCAGCAAUUCCAGCAUUACCCCCGGGGAGGCAGCCGCCAUCGCCUCGACCUCCAUCAUGGUGCCCUUCGGGUUGGUCUUCAUUGUCUUCGCCGUCCACUUCUACAGGUCCCUGGUGAGCCACAAGACGGACCGGCAGUUCCAGGAACUGAACGAACUGGCCGAAUUCGCCCGGCUUCAAGAUCAGCUGGACCACAGAGGCGAUGCUCUCCCGCCUCCUGGGAGCCAUUUUGCAUAAAUAGUUGUGCAUUAUUAUUAUUUUUUAAAGCAAUUAUUUGUAUCUUAUUCUCUUGACUUGCCCGUGCAUGAACUUGUCUAGACUCGGAUGAGUUGUUUGGAAAGAGAGUGUAGAAGUACUGUGUCUUUU